UUUCUCUUAAAUGAAUAUGAUUUACACAGACACAGAAGGUUAUAUUGUGGAAUGUGAGAUAUUUUAUGGAAGUCUUGAUUCAUUUGCUUUGAUUCGCUUGCAUUUUACAUCGUGAUAUUGUUAUACAUUAACAAAAGAGAAAAAGGAAUACGAGCGUUAUCAUGUAUCUAUAAGGUACUUUCUUCGGCAGUAUCGAUAGUAUAUUAAUUAAGAAUAUGAGGGACAACGAGCGAUCAGCAGUGAUUUAUGUGGCCACCGAUGAAAAACAAAUAAAUAUUACGUUUUUCGUCGGUGAGACUGUUGAAGAUUUAUGUAUCAAGAUAUGCAAGUUCUUCAAGAUAAGUCCAUUGGCAAGACAUCUGUUUGCAUUGCGAAGUUAUUCUUCAAAACUAUGGUUUCCAUAUGGAUACGAGUUCACAGGCAGGGAGAAGAACAGAUUUGACUUCCGUUUGAGAUUCAAGCCAUGCAGCAUGCAGAAACUGAAACAGAUAGAUGAACAAGCUUACAAUUAUUAUUUCCAGCAAGUUCGUGCAGAUAUAAUGAAUAAUAAAGUACCCGAUAUUGUCUACGAGAAGCAUAAAGAUGAACUGAUUGGCCUGGGAGUUAGUGAUAUGUAUAGAGAAAUGCUCGAGAAACAAUUACCACGGGAAACUGUAGAAUCAGAAUACAAGAAGUAUAUUCCCAAAGAAUGUAUUAAAAGGCAUGCCUUUUUUGUUAAGAAACCUAUUUAUAAUGCAUUGGCAGGAAUAUCUAAAGAGCACCUUGAUGCUUCAUAUGUUAAACAGCAGUAUUUGCAACAAUUUGAAAAUAUGGCCCCAAACUAUCUAUGUGAAGAAUAUAAAGCAAUAAUGAAUAAAGUUCCUAAUCCACCAGCUGAAAUUUUACUUAGAAUCAACAGAGAGGAAUUAAAAUACAGUGAGACUGACACUGAUGAUUGGAAAACGCUUUGUGCUAUAGAAGAUCUUUGUUUUAUUUCUAUAGGAGAGGAUAACACUGUGGAAAUUUCGAGGAAGAAUGGCAUACCAUCAUACUUAAAAUUUAUGGGACAUACAAAUGAGAUGUUAAUGUCCUUUGUAUCUGUGUUAGACGGAUAUUACCGUUUGUCCAUUAAGUGGACUUUCAAUCUUUGUAAAAACGUUGUCACACCUACUCUGGGAAGAUUAUAUAAAUUAAAGUGCCAUGGUCCAGUCGGAAAAGAGUUUGCAUAUGCGAAACUCAGGGAAAAACGUGCCAAUAAACCAGGAACUUAUAUACUGCGGGAGAGCGAAACUGAAUACGAUGUUUAUUACAUAGAUGUUUGCAACAAAGCCGGGAAACCACAAUCGGAAAAAGUGAAGCAAAUUGGUCCCAGCGAUUUCCGAUUAGAUUCAUGUACACAGAGCUAUACUUCUUUGGGGAAUAUAAUUUCUUCACUGCAAAAUCCUGUCAAUUCAUUGUAUUUCGUAGAAUGCUUGCCACCUUCAGAAUAUGAUGUAUCACCAUUGUUAAUUUGCGCUUCGGAAAACAUUGCGAGCGAACUAGCGGCGAAUGAGGAGAUAAUCGCUCUGUUGAAAGGUGGACCGCGGUGCGUAUCGCAGAAUCAAUUGCAGAUAUACAAAGCGUUCUGCAAAAAUAACAAAGAUUUGACUCCUACCAUGUCCGCGACGAGCGUACAUCGAGCGAUAUGGCAAAUCGCUAAAGGCAAGAAACUCGAAGUUGUGAUGAAGAUACUCAGAAAUAGUAGUUAUACUAAAGAAUUUCUAGAGCUAGCUGACAAAUGGGGCAAAUUACGAUCGGAAGCUCUGAUCAGACUGUACGGUAUAACUGUGGCCCCGUCAGUCGGGAUGUUACUCGAGUUGGUGAAGUUAGGUCCACUAGACGAGUAUUUGCGCAAUAACUCUCAAAUUAUAAUAGGACACGAUAUGGUCGAAGCCGCCGCCGGUCUGGCAACAGCCUUAUGGCAUUUGGAGGAGAAUCAUAUAGUUCAUGGAAAGAUAAGAUGCGCGGGAGUUUUUGUACAUGAACAUACAGAUAAUAGAUUGAGUGUUAAAUUGGGGGACCCUGGUCUUUUCACUUACACCGAGACCGACAUACCUUGGAUACCACCAGAAUUUUACACAGAUCUAGCAUCUGCAAAAAAAAGCCUUCAAGCAGAUAUAUGGGCACUGGCUACAACCAUGUGGGAGAUAUUCUCCAAAGGAAUUUCCAUAACCGCAUAUACUAAUAUUGAUAUUGUCAAGAAGUUUCAUAAAGAUGGAAAAUAUUUACCGCAACCUGCUAACUGCCCGCGUGAAAUCUAUGCUUUGAUGAAGGAAUGUUGGAGUGAAAAAAACACAAGAAAACAACCUCAGGCCAUUGCGCGAGAUAUGAAUCAGAUUAUGUAUGCAACGUAUAAUCGGUGUCGUCCUUAUGCUACACUAUACCCUAAAGUAUUCUUCGACGACGAUGAAAGCGAUUUAGAGGAGAGAAGAUCAAGCAGUGAAUCGUACAAGAGCAGUAUGGUUACCGAUUACACGAAUUUAACAUAUGAAGAUAAUAAAGACAAUAAGUUUGAUGACAAUUUAGUCACCAAUCACACGAACCUAAUACAUGACGAUAAUGACGGCAAUAAAUCUGAUGGCAGUUUUCAUUUAAUCUGCCAAAGCUGCGGUGAUAAGAUGAUGUACUGGAAAAAUGAUGAAAUACAGUGCUGCACUAGAAAGAAAUGCAAAGCGUGUCUCGGUCUGAUGCAGGAUGUUUUCAAGAACGAAUGUUGGUUUGUGCAUAAAAAUAAUAUUAUAGGUACAGGUUUCUAUGGUAAAGUAUUCAUAGGUAUGCGUAUGCACAUUAAGACCAAGGAGAUACAGCAGAUAGCCAUCAAAAUACCGAACAAACCUGGAAAAGAAGUAUCUGAUAAAGAAAAGAAAAGGUUUGAGAAGGACUUUGAAAGAGAAUUUAAUAUUAUGAAGACUCUCAAGCAUCCAAAUAUCGUGCAAAUUCUAGGCAUUAUAUGGGAACCCAAAUGUCUGAUCAUGGAGUUUGUCAAGCAUGGCUCAUUGCUGAAAUUUUUACAUGAUCAAAGAGAACAAUAUAAUAAUGUAUCGAAGAUCACACGAAAACUGCUAUACUACGCGCUAGAUAUCGCAACUGGUAUGGAUUAUCUUAGUUCCAAGAAUAUUAUUCAUAGGGAUCUAGCAGCGAGAAAUAUUCUGGUGGCUAGCGAAACUCAAGUGAAGAUCAGUGACUUCGGUCUCGCGCAAGAAAAUGAGAGCGAUUAUUAUAGCUUUCAGACAUCGCGUCAUCUUCCAAUGAGGUGGUAUGCACUGGAGAGCAUAAAGAAAAAUAUAUUCUCAACGCGCUCGGACACAUGGUCAUUUGGCGUGACGAUGUACGAGAUCUUCAGCCUCGGCAAGCAACCGAAUCUGAAGGUUGACCUGAUUAUUGACAAUAUUAAGAACGGUAUGGUUUAUAUUGAUGAGAAGACUCCUUUAUGUGAAUUGGUAAGAGCGUUGGAGAACGGCGUUCGCCUUCCUUGUCCGGCCGGACUUUCGCUAGAAGUGUAUACGGAGGUGAUGUAUCCAUGUUGGAAUGAAGACAGUCAUAAAAGGCCACCGUUCCCUAUUCUGUGCCGACGCAUCCAGGAACUAUUAAAGAAUUAUUAAAAAACAUUAUUUUCAUUCACAGCUUCGAGCGUGAAGUGCUAUUAUUUUUAAAAUACAUAAAUGUUCCGCGACACCCAUUCAUGAUUUUAUUUCGAUGAGAGAUUCUUUGACGAGUUUGAAAUUGAUUUAUCUUUCGCAAGAAGCUGUCUUUAUUUCUUUAUAAUCUAUAGAUAUACAAGUAUCUAAGUAUCUAUCAAUACAUAGAAAAUUAUUUUUUACUAUUGUUCCUCCCUCUCUCUUCUCCAUCCAAGAUUUUUAAGAAAUAUAUUUUAUAAGAAUCAAAAAAUUUUUGCUAUGAGAAUUAAGAAUAUUUAUAACACAUUUCUACAUAGGAAUAUAUCUAGUCGAUGGUUUUGUCGUUAUUUUAUGUAUUAUAUGAAAUAUAUGGUUUGAGUAUUUUAUUUUAA